AUCUAAUCCCCCGCCUGGCCGCGCGUUGGCCGCAUAAACAAAUAAGCCGUCUUUCUCCUUCUCAUAUAAACAUUAUAAGAAUCAAAUCUUCCUAGGUUUGAAAACUUAGAAUCAUCCAAAAUCAUCAGAUGCUUUUCUCUUUCUAAAUCUCGAAUUCAGAAGUUCAAUACCACUUAUAGCUGAUUGCCUUGAUUAUAAUACAAAUUAACAUGUCCUGGUCCAAGUUUUCUCAACUCACUCAUCUUCUCAACAAUAACAACAACAUUCGGAGUAGAAUUAUUUCUACUCCUUACAGGUCUAUAACCGAAGCUAUUGGACAUAAGAAUUACAUUCACAGUUCGAUUAAACGAAAUGUGAUUCCGAGUUUUGAGAGGUCUAAUUAUGUGGUAGGGAUGAGGUUUCAUUACUCAACCCAAGCUUCUAGAGAAAAGAAAUCGAAUAAGAUGCUUCUUUAUCUGACUGGCCUUGUUUUUACAAUGGUUGGUUUUACUUAUGCUGCAGUUCCUCUCUAUAGGAGGUUUUGUCAAGCUACAGGUUAUGGAGGUACCAUUCAACGACGAGAGAGUGUUGAAGAAAAGAUUGUUCGUCAUGCUCAAGAAGGAACCGUACCUAAAAGAGAGAUUGUGGUGCAAUUUAAUGCCGAUGUUGCUGAUGGAAUGCAAUGGAAGUUUGUCCCCACACAAAGAGAGGUAAGGGUAAAGCCCGGUGAAAGUGCCCUUGCAUUUUACACGGCUGAAAACAAAAGUUCAACUCCUAUAACGGGCAUGUCUACUUACAAUGUUACUCCUAUGAAGGCUGCCAUAUAUUUUAAUAAGAUACAGUGUUUUUGCUUCGAGGAACAGCGGCUUCUUCCUGGAGAACAAAUUGACAUGCCAGUGUUCUUUUAUAUAGAUCCAGAAUUUGAAACAGAUCCCAGAAUGGAUGGCAUCAAUAACUUGAUAUUGUCAUAUACAUUUUUCAAGAUUUCCGAAGAAUAACAGGUUGGUUUUAGAACCUAUUGUUGCUGCUGCUGCUGCUGAUUUGGAACAAUCCAAAUUAAACCAACAUGUUCUGAAUCUCUCUAUGUUCAUCCUUUGUUGGACCAAUAUUCAUUUGUUUACUAUGACUAUGAUAAUGAUUAUUCGAAGGGGAGGAAUGAAUAGAAAAGGGACAUUUCCCCUUGAGUUUUCUGUUUGUAAUAGGAACUUGGUAUGAAAAUAAAAGACUUACACAUAAUUAUUGGACCGAGAUCUUAUCACGCUCAAACUUUUACAUUUCUUUUAGCAGUUUGAGAAAAAGAGAAGAAUAAAUAAGUUCAUUUAGCUUA